AUGGAGGACAUGUACAAGCUGGCACAAGACAUGCCGAUGCUCACCAGCAAUACCACCUGUGAUAUUUCUGAAGGCCGCAGGCAAAAGAACGAGGAAAGGACCCAGUUGAAGAUAAGCAAUCGUAAGAGCAAUUACGAAGAUCUUCGAUCGGAGAUUUGGUGUCGGAAGAUCAUCAAGCCCAAAGAUAUCUAUGACAAAUUUACUCCAACUGAGGCCGUAGAGCUAGAUGUUCUAAUUGGUAUUCAGUGGAAAGAUAUAGCAAAACAAUAUAUUAACUCCUAUAACCGCGUACUCGUACGGUUAGAAAAGGAGACGCCAUAUCUUCAGAACAUCCAACGGUUGGAACAGGAGUGCAAAAACGUGAUCGACAUCAUGGAUUUGGGAAAAAAAAAACAGAAUCAGUACGGUGUGCCUAUGAGGCAUAACGAACACGGGCAAGCCGCUUAUCGCCGGACUCAUCGCAGCUCCACUGAGAGUAAGUUGACAUCUGACAAUCUACCCAACAAGACCGUGGCACUGAUGGAGAAGUCGAGGAUCACAAUGACAACGAAAGAUGACUUCAAACUCCUCCUUGGUAGCACAAACAUGGGGGUAGAUGUCAAAUACGGCGGCCGGCAGUGGUCGCGCAGAAUUUCUAUAGUUGUAACUGCAAAUGAAGACACUGGUUGCCGUCUGUCCGGUCAGGAUCGCGAUGUCCUACUAACAAGAGCAGUAGGAGGAAGGGAGAAUAAAACCACGGCUGCGUCAACACUUCAAAUACCGUUUGGCAAACUGCCAGCCUUUGGCAAUACAGGACACACAGUCACACGCAGGAAUCGCUGUAUGGUAAUCACACCCGGACUGUACGAGGAGAAGGCGGAGCCAAGUCAAUCAACUGCAUUUAUUUUGAAUACAGCCUUCUCGGAGCCUUUCAUGAACAAGUACAGCUUCCAGGCGAAUAAGGAUGAGCUGAGAGCUUUGUCCGCAGCUAUUCAAGCCGGAUCCCUGCCUACUAUUGCCACCAUAACUGCAGGUGCUACUGGCACCGUAGGUGCCAUCACAUCCAUCGUAGCAGCAGGCUUACGUCAACCACCUCAAAUAGGUCGUAAUGCUGGCUACAAUGUACAAGAAUUGAAACGUCUGAUACCUGAUGGACAGCAGUCCGGCGGUAGUGAAAGCCCAUCUCUAGAGCAGAGUGCCAUGGAAAUUAAGCAGGAAGACAUAGACGAAACAGCUGUGGAAAUUGCGGCUGCUAAAACUAUACAUACAACCCCACAAGGUGUUGCAUCAUCAGCUGGAUAUCAUUUGCCGAAUGCCACGCAGCCUCAGAUAUAA